UAUGCCGUUGAGAACUUUGCUUUUGUUGUGGCUUUGGUGCUCUUUAAACUUAGUAUUUUUUUUUUUUUAAUUCAAACAUUCCGAAAUUUUAGUUAAAAUUAAUUAAAUUUAUAUUAAAAAAAAUAAUCAAUUUGUAUUUUAAUUUGAAAAAAAACGUAAUGGAUAAACCAACUGUAUUGAUAUUUGGAGGUUGUGGUUUUAUUGGUCGAAAUCUUGUACAUUAUUUAGUAACGAAUAAUUUAUGCUCAGAAAUUCGAAUUGUAGAUAAGACACCCCCGCAAAUGGCUUAUUUAAAUAAGGAACAUAGUGAAGCUUUCGAUAAUCCAAUUGUUGAAUUUUGUAGUGCAAAUCUAAUUAACGAAGUUUCAUGCAAAACUAGCUUUGUGCCUUCAAAAAUAAAAAAUCGUUCCUGGGACAUUGUUAUAAAUGCCGCUUCUGAAAACCGUCCAAAUCAAAGUGAUGCCGUCUAUAAAGAAGGAAUUUUUAAAUUAAGUAUGAACUGUGCCAACGAAGCCGCAACUCAAAAUGUUAAACGGUACAUCGAAUUAGGAUCAGGCUGUAUUAAUUCAAGUGAUAAAAAUCCAUUGAAGGAGGAUUGCAAGUUGGAUCCCUGGACAUGUUUGGCUAAAUAUAAGUUAAAAGUGGAAAAAGAGCUGAAACUUAUUGAAAAUUUGAAUUAUACUAUUUUUCGUUUACCAAUUGUUUAUGGAUUUGGUGAUAAAAGAUAUUUAAUGCCGCGAGUAAUAAUUGCCGCUUUGUACAAAUAUUUAAACGAAACAAUGAAACUUUUAUGGAAUGAAUCUUUAAAACUAAACACUGUUCAUAUAAAUGAUGUUGUAUGUGCUAUAUGGGAAUUAGCCCAAAAUGAAAAGGCAGUGGGAGAAGUAUUUAAUAUUGUCGAUGAUUCAAACACGACUCAAGGAUCUCUCAGCUCAAUUCUUACUGAUAUUUUUGAUAUUAAUAUAGAUUAUUGGGGCGUUGUAAUGUCAAAUUUAACAAAGCUUAAUAUGUCAGAGGCGGUAAGUGAUAUAAAUGAUAAACAUAUGGGUCCGUGGGCUGAAUUACUUCAAAAGGAUGGAAUUGAAAAUACUCCAUUGACACCUUAUAUGGAUGAAGAGUUGUUAUAUCACAAGCAUUUGAAUUUAGAUAAUUCAAAACUGAAAAAAUUUGGUUACGAAUUACGUCAUCCAAAUAUAACAUCAGAAAAAGUAAAAGAAGUUGUAGAGGAUUACGUGAAACAAAAUUUAUUCCCUCGAUCUCUUAUAAAUUAAAAAAAUGAGAAAAUUUAUAUUUUCCUAUUUUUCAAUAGUAAUCAAAAUCAUGAGCGAAUGCCAUUAAGAGUAAAAAAGAAUCUAUGCCAUUAAUAUUAAUCAAAUUAUUCGAAUUACGUGAAUUAGUUAUUGAACGUACAUCCACAUUGUUUCAUGUUGAAAAAGUUAAAUACAUUAAGUACACCUUUGUGUCAUUUGAAAUUAAAAGAAAUAAUUUACAAGUAGAUCAUGAAUAUUAAAAUGAAAACAAAUUCCAUACGUUGAAGAAGAAAAUUUUAAGAGCUUCCUAACUCUAAUGCGGAAUAUGAUAAGUUUUAUUUUUUAACAAUAAUAUACAUAUACAUACAUAACUGUAUUUUAAAACUUCAAGGAGUUUUCAAUGCGAAUAAACUUUAAUUUUUUACUUUUUUAAUAAUAAAAACAAAAUUAAAAAGACAUGUGCCUCAAUUUACUAGUAUAAACAAAAAUCUAGAAUAUAAUAUUAAGUAU